AUGGAGGUGGGACUAGAGGAAAUUCUAGGCCUCUUAGCAGAAAAGACGGUCUUUAACUCAUUGAUGGAAUUUCCCAUGAACUCCUUCAUCCACACAAACAAGUCCUGGAAGGAGAGAGAAAGAGAGAGACAGAAAGAGAGAGAGAGAAAGAAAGAGAAAGAGAGAGAGAAAGAAAGAGAAAGAGAGAAAGAAAGAGAGGAGAGAAAGAAAGAAAGAGAGAAAGAGAGAGAGAAAGAAAGAGAGAGAAAGAGAGAAAGAAAGAGAGAUAGAGACAGAGAGAGAGACAGAAAGAGAGAUAGAGACAGAGAGAGAGGAGAGAGAGAGAGAGGAAGGAGAGAGAGAGAGAGAGAGGAAGGAGAGAGAGAGAGAGAGAGAGAGAGAGGAAGGAGAGAGAGAGAGAGAGAGAGGAAGGAGAGAGAGAGAGAGAGAGAGAGAGAGGAAGGAGAGAGAGAGAGAGAGAGAGGAAGGAGAGAGAGAGAGGAAGGAGAGAGAGAGAGAGGAAGGAGGAGAGAGAGAGAGGAAGGAGAGAGAGAGAGAGAGGAAGGAGAGAGAGAGAGAGGAAGGAGAGAGAGAGAGAGGAAGGAGAGAGAGAGAGGAAGGAGAGAGAGAGAGGAGAGGAGGAGAGAGAGAGAAAGGAGAGAGAGAGAGAGAAGAGAGAAAGGAGAGAGAGAGAGAGAGAGAGAGAAGGAGAGAGAGAGAGAGAGAGAGAGAAGAGAGAGAGAGAGAGAGAGAGAGAGAGAGAGAGAGAGGAGAGAGAGAGAGAGGAAGGAGAGAGAGGAAGGAGAGAGAGGAAGGAGAGAGGAAGGAGAGAGAGAGGAAGGAGAGAGAGAGAGGAAGGAGAGAGAGAGAGAGGAAGGA